UUGGUGAGAGGAUUGAAGCUUUCAUUCAUUCCGCCAAUACACCAACAGCAUUACUAUUAGUAGGCCGACAUUGGAACCAUGAUCUCUAAUUCCUUCACACAACUACACUCUUCCCCUGAACGUACAAUCCCAUUCCGGUUUCCCGGCGUCGUUUCCCUCCUCCCAUUGUCGUUUUUAAACUAGGGUUUUCAUUCUCCGCAUAGAUAUUACUUGCAUCGAGACGGGAAGCUCAGGUCAAUCAUCCAGGAGAUUUCGACUCAAUUUUCUCUUUGCAGAUUUUCUCCCUUUAAUUUAGUUCGAGCUUUAGGUUUUCGUGUUUAAGGAACGAUGAACAGUAACAAUCCAGGUAGGAACGUUGCGGCACCGUCGUUUUUAGGGAAUUCCGGAGCUGCCCCUCACCCCAUCGCCGGUACCGCCGCCACCAACACCGCUGCUUCCACUUCGUUACCCACGACCCACCCACAACCCCAUCUUUUGUCCCAAUCACAGCCUCCUCAAACCCAAGGUGGUUCUCACUUCCCCGGGCACUUUCAGCUCUCACAACCUCAAACCCAGUUACUUGCACAAUCACAGUUUUCACAACCCCAUUCCCAUGUUCAAUCCAUCCCUCAACACCAGCAGCAGCCACCGCCGCGCCAGCCGCAGGCUCAUCCUGCUAGCCAAUCUCAUGGUUCAAGUGGUAGUAGUGCGGCGGCAGCGGCAACUCCUGCUUCAACUGCCAAGCGCUCCGGGCAGAGGCCGCCUACUAGGCCGGCCGGUUCUUCAAAUACUAACCAGUCUUCGGCUUUUAAGACCAUGGAAUUGACGCCGGCUCCUCUAAGGAGGAAGAGGAGCUUGCCAGAGAAGGAUAAGAGGAUUCCAGAUAAGGUGGCCGCAGUUCUGCCGGAGUCUGCUGUUUAUACUCAAUUGCUUGAGCUUGAGGGACAGGUUGAUGCUGCUUUGUCUAGGAAGAAGAUUGAUAUACAGGAGGCUGUGAGAAGCCCCAGAUGUGUUCAGAAGACUCUUCGUGUUUAUGUGUAUAAUACCUUUUCGAAUCAGAAUAGAAUCGAUACUGAGAAGAAAAUGGCAGAGGAGCCUUCUUGGUCACUUAGGAUUACUGGGAGGAUAUUGGAAGAUGGAAGAGAUCCUGUGUUGGCUGGAGUCUCGCAGGGGUUGAACCCUUCAUAUCCCAAGUUUUCGGCUUUCUUCAAGAAAAUUACCAUAUACUUGGACCAGGGGUUCUAUCCGGAUAAUCAUCUUAUAAUAUGGGAUCCUGCUCGUUCACCUGCCCAGCAGGACGGUUUUGAGGUUAAGAGGAAAGGAGACAAGGAAUUCACAGUGGUGAUGAGACUAGCAAUGAAUUAUAUACCUGAAAAGUUUGUGGUUUCAACAGCACUGUCGAAAGUUUUAGGGAUUGAGUUUGAUACUCGCCCUAGAAUAAUAGCUGCUCUAUGGCAAUAUGUGAAGUCUAGAAAACUACAAAGCCCAAAUGACCCUUCAUUCUUCAUGUGUGAUCCUUCUCUCCAAAGGGUGUUUGGGGAAGAGAAAAUAAAAUUCUCCACAAUUUUACAGAAGAUAUCACAGCAGUUAUCACAACCACAGCCUAUACACGUGGAGCAUAAAAUCAAGCUUUCUGGAAAUUGUCCGGUUGGAACUACAUGUUAUGAUGUGCUGGUUGAUGUGCCUCUUCCACUGGAGAAGGAUAUGUCUGCAUACUUGGCAAGCAUUGAGAGGCACAAAGAGAUUGAUGUGCUUGAUGAAGUGAUUUGUAGUUCUAUGAAGAAGAUCCAUGAGCAUCGCAGAAGGCGGGCCUUCUUUCUGGGAUUUAGCCAGUCUCCAGCAGAGUUUAUUAAUGCUUUGAUUGCAUCGCAGAGCAAGGAUCUAAAGCUUAUUGCUGGAGAUGCCAGCCAAGAUGAGGAAAAGGAAAGACGAUCUGAAUUCUACAAACAACCAUGGGCUGAGGAUGCUGUCAUUCGCUACCUGAACCGGAAAAGUGCUCGAAGUGAUAUUCCUGGAAGCACCUAACAACAGAAAGUUGUGAAAUAGCUUGUUCCUCGCUGGUCCUCGAUGCAUUUUGCUAGUUCAUAAUAGAGCUGUUUUUCUAAGGGAGGACUUACCAGCUUUGCUUUGCUUCAUGCUAGACUUAGGCGACUCAUGCAAGGUGAGUUGGUGACAUGUGUGCGGUCUUAGCCAGAAUAACAUGCUAUCUCCUAUGAUUCGGAGACCUGGAAUCUGCCGGAGUUAGGAUAUGUUGAUGUUCCAUGCAGAUGGGAGUUUUGGGAUAAAAAUCGGGGCUAUUUUUGGCGCAAUCUUUCAAGAUGACCAUGGCAGGUGGAUGUAGGUAGUACAGUGCACUGAGCUGUUGGGAAUUUUCUAGUGGCCGGUCUGUGAUCAUCAUUGGGAAGAUCUAGAGGCUUCUUUUCCCUGCUGAUGGUCUUAUAAACUUGUACUGUAAUUUGGUGGUUCUUUUUUGGUUCUUGUUUUUAUUUUUUGCCUUCUUAGUUACCAAAAGGAGAAUGAAAAUUUUUUUCCCGGCCUUUAUUUUGCAAUUGGCAACCUUCCGUUAACUCAAUCCCCCUACUCUACCAAAAAACGUUAUUUUGCUAGAGAUCACAUCCAAAUGCAUCCGUAUAACUAUGAUUUUGUGUUUUUUGUUCUAGUACAAUAAUGAACAAUGUCUUUUUCGAUCAACA